CGCGUAAUUUUGAUGUAUGCAAAAAAGAAUGGCGGCUUGUGUUAGGAAAUGGGACAGUUAAUGGAUCAGAUAGCUGGCUAAGUCUUCAAAACAAUUUUGUCAUAAGUAUUUAAGAGACAUUUCUUUUAGUAUAGCCAAGGUGUUAAUACGGCAGAAUGGCUCACCGAUACCUUGGCUUGUCAAGAGUUAGUAGGAAUAUAUUAAACAUGUUGUUGCCUCCAAACGUCAGAAGAGCUAGCUGUGCACGACUGGUUUCUGUCCAAGCAGAAAGCCAGGUUGCGCUCGAAAGGAGGAACCUUUUUGAACAGGUGUUAGGUGCCUAUCAAAGACUCUGCUCCAAGCCUCCAAAAGGAUUUGAAAAAUAUUUCCCCAAUGGUCCAAAGAAUGCUCCGAAGAGCAGUGAGCCCAACCCAGCAAGUGGAGAAGCCAAAGAGGCCAAGCCAACCACCAAUGCACAGAAGGCCACUGGCAAAUCUGCUGAAGGUGGAGGUGGAGGGGGCGGAGGGGGGAAAAGAGGAGGCAGGAAGGAGGAGUCCCACUGGUAUUCCCGGCUUCAAAAGGGUGACGUGCCAUGGGACGACAAGGAGUUCAGGAUGUACCUGCUGAGCAGUGCUGCGUUCUGGAUCACAGUCAUGUACUACGUCUUCUUCCGGGACGGCGGGAGGGAGGUCACCUGGAAGGACUUUGUCAAUAACUACCUGUCGAAGGAAGUUGUCGACAGACUGGAGGUUAUAAACAAGCGCUAUGUGAAAGUGGUGUUUUCACCUGGGAAGACUCCUGUGGAUGGACAGUAUGUGUGGUUCAACAUUGGCAGUGUGGACACGUUUGAGCGGAACCUGGAGACGGCUCAGAACGAGAUGGGGAUUGAGGGGGAAAACCGUCUGCCAGUGGUCUACUCCGCUGAAAGCGAUGGGACGUUCCUCCUCAGCAUGUUGCCGACGGUGCUGAUCAUUGGCUUCCUGCUCUUCGUGUUACGACGUGGGCCGGGGGGUGUGGGCCGCCCGGGGGGGCGGGGCAUGGGCGGCCUCUUCAGUGUCAGUGAGACCACGGCAAAGGUGCUCCGCGACGAGAUCGACGUCAAGUUCAAGGACGUGGCGGGCUGCGAGGAGGCCAAGCUGGAGAUCAUGGAGUUUGUCAACUUCCUGAAGAACCCAAAGCAGUACCAGGACCUGGGCGCCAAGAUCCCUAAGGGGGCCAUCCUGACGGGACCCCCCGGGACCGGGAAGACCCUGCUGGCCAAGGCCACCGCCGGAGAGGCUGACGUCCCCUUCAUCACCGUCAACGGCUCGGAGUUCCUGGAGAUGUUUGUGGGUGUGGGGCCUGCCCGGGUCCGGGACCUGUUCGUCAUGGCCCGUAAGAACGCCCCGUGCAUCCUCUUCAUCGACGAGAUUGACGCCGUCGGUCGCAAGCGAGGCAGGGGGAACUUCGGGGGCCAGAGCGAGCAGGAGAACACACUCAAUCAGCUGCUGGUGGAGAUGGACGGGUUCAACACGGCGACCAAUGUGGUGGUACUGGCGGGCACCAACCGACCCGACAUCCUGGACCCAGCCCUGAUGAGGCCCGGACGCUUCGACAGGCAGAUUUAUAUUGGUCAUCCAGACAUUAAAGGCAGAUCAUCCAUAUUCAAAGUGCAUUUGCGGCCUUUGAAAAUGGACGCGGAGAUGAACAAAGAAGCCCUCGCUAGGAAAAUGGCUGCUCUCACCCCUGGAUUCUCAGGUGCCGAUAUUGCCAAUGUGUGCAAUGAAGCCGCGCUGAUCGCCGCGCGUCACCUGGCCGACUCCAUCAACCAAAAGCACUUUGAGCAGGCCAUUGAACGUGUGAUCGGAGGUCUGGAGAAGAAGUCCCAGGUCCUGCAGCCGGAGGAGAAGAAGACCGUGGCCUACCACGAGGCUGGCCACGCCGUCGCCGGCUGGUACCUGGAGCACGCCGACCCUCUGCUCAAGGUGUCCAUCAUCCCCAGGGGGAAGGGGCUCGGCUACGCCCAGUACCUCCCCAAGGAGCAGUACCUGUACACCAAGGAGCAGCUGCUGGACCGGAUGUGCAUGACGCUGGGCGGGCGCGUUUCCGAGGAGAUCUUCUUCGGACGCAUCACCACCGGGGCGCAGGACGACCUCCGGAAGGUCACCCAGAGCGCCUACGCCCAGAUCGUGCAGUUCGGCAUGAACGAAAAGGUGGGCCAGGUGUCCUUUGACUUGCCCCGGCAGGGCGAGAUGACUCUGGAGAAGCCCUACAGCGAAGCCACGGCGCGCCUCAUCGACACGGAGGUUCGCAACCUCAUCCGGGAGGCCUACGAGCGCACGCACGCCCUGCUGGCCGAGAAGAAGGCCGAUGUGGAGAAGGUGGCACUGCGUCUGCUGGAGAAAGAGGUCCUGGACAAGAACGACAUGGUGGAGCUGCUGGGGCUGCGACCGUUUACCGAGAAGUCCUCUUAUGAGGAGUUUGUGGAAGGUACCGGGGGGAUGGACGAGGACACGUCUCUGCCCGAGGGCCUCAAGGACUGGAACAAGGAGCGCGACAAGGAGGAGAGCACAGAGGAGCAGGUGGCCCGACAGAUAUCAGGAGGGAUGCCUUUCUGAGGGAGACCACCUGGACUCACAUGGUUGUUGUUGUUUAUUUUUGUGCAUAUUGAGAUUUGAACUGCUGGAUGUUAGAAUGGAUCCCUUGGAAGUCCCACCUAAACGUCAUCGGUCACAUCCAGCAUCCCUCUGAUUGGUCGGUUGGGUUAUUUUGCAAGGGACUGUGGCCGUUUUCAGUCGGAUGAAAGGUUUGCAACAUUUGCGGAAAUAAAUAUCAUAGUCAAAAGGUACUUAUCCCCUAUUCUACAUGGCAACAAAAAAAGGAACAGGCCUCUGAGUGCUGUAUUUGGGGCUGAGAUGGACGUGAUGUCCUUGAUUGGACUUCAUACCCCUUGAGUAGAAGGCAAACUGGAGUGCUGUUAAAUUGAGCAGCUAUUUAUAUACAGAGAAGUAUGUGGUCGUGCAAUUACUAAUUAGGAAAGAAUGUAAGCUUGCAACCAUUACAUUUGCUUCUGUGAAGUGGGAGUCAAACUCUUAUACCUGAACAAAUAUAAAGAUGAAUGAAUGUCUACUCCGUUUGAUUCAAUUUGUUCUCUUUGGAGGAGGAAAGGGGAGACCGGUUAGUAAAGAUGACUGGCAAAGUAUGCCAAGGUUUGGACGGAUUUAAGAAAAUAAACAGAAAAUAUAACACUUCAUGAACAGACUUUCGUAAUGAACGAUUUUUAAACCAUUGCAUCAUACUUGUAAUUAUCAGUCAGAAACAAAUACCUGGCACUUUGAAAAUAUUUGUUUUUUAGUGAAACAGUAGUAUACAAAUCAAGUGUUUUUAUCCAUCCAAGCUUUGAAGAUUCUGACCCAUGUGCAUGGUUUUGCACUGAAGUUAAUGUCAGGAGCUUCCAACCGACUAAUUUAUUCUGCUUUUUAGCUAGGUGGGGUUAAAGUUAGCUGAAGUUUAUGAUGGCUCUUUUUCAAAACAUUUAUAACCUCAAGUAAAAAAGGCAUACACUUCUGCUUUGUUUGACACGCAAAAGGCCAAUUCUAUGUCUCAGUUUUCAACUGACUGUAUAAAGUCUGUUGCUUAUCUAAAAAAAAAAAGCAUUCAGAGGAAACUCCCUCAUUGCCUAGGUUAGCUAAAGUGAACACUUCUCCAGCAAGCUUCAUGAACACAAAGUUAUCAAUAUUUAUUACCCUGCAGUACAAUGCUACAUUAUCAUGCCGGCCAUUGGGAGUUCUAUGUAUGUGCUGUUUUGGAAUAUUAUCAAUAAUUAUCAUCCAAUACAGCCUUGUUAUCUACACUGUAUUGUCCCACUCAAGACGUAGGCUGAUGUAAUGUGUAGAACAUUUUUCCGUUUAGAUUUAUUUAUGCCAUCUGUGUAAAUAAACAUGAUCGAUGUAUUCAAAGUGAA